CGUUUUAGUGUAGUUUUGUGUGCCUCGUUUUCACUCCUGACUCACUCAGUACAUUUUCUAGCAGAGUUCGUUGUGAGCUCGCAGAUCGAGAGGAUGACAGCUCGAGUGUACUGCUUGAGUGCUGUUUUGUUGUGUUUGUCUGCAUGUUUGAGCACAACAGACGCUGGAGUAGCAGCAAAUCCAGAAGAGUGUCCAUGCAAAACCUCUGGAGUGGAAAAGUGUGUGAAGCCUGCCGCCGAGCCACCCAAGCCUCCAAUGAAGCCUGCCGCUGAGCCACCCAAGCCUCCAGUGAAGCCUGCCGCUGAGCCGCCCAAGCCUCCAGUGAAGCCUGCUGCUGAGCCGCCCAAGCCUCCAGUGAAGCCUGCUGCUGAGCCGCCCAAGCCUCCAGUGAAGCCUGCUGCUGAGCCGCCCAAGCCUCCAGUGAAGCCUGCUGCUGAGCCGCCCAAGCCUCCAGUGAAGCCUGCCGCUGAGCCGCCCCAGCCUCCUGUGAAGCCUGCCGCCGAGCCACCCCAGCCUCCAGUGUGUGGCGGAAGCUGUCCUCAACCUCCCCAUCAAGGUGAUGGCCACGGUGGACAAGGAGUAGGUCUAGGAGGUUUCCUAGGACACCUCCUAGGAAAAGUCCUUGGACAUGGACAUGGACAUGGACGCGGACACGGUCAUGGGCACGAUGGUGAUGGACACAUUGGAUGUCAGUCAUAGUGUAUUAUCAACAAAUAAAUCAUGUUUAGUGAAGUGUC